CUCUCUGAGAGCACGAGCAGUGGCGAGCGAUUCGCUGCCCAUUUGAAGCGUGGCCGCGGUCGCACAGCAGUCACAGAGAGGAUGCUCUCCCAGCGCGCCGCCCAGCUCCUCCUGCUUGCAGGCCUCGCGGCCGCCUUCCAGCGCCCAGCGCUGCGGAGCGUCGCCGCGCCGCCGCGGACAGCGCUGCGAGCGUCCGCCAGCGAUGUGACCAUCGACAAGGACUUCCGAUUAGCAUUGGGGACGUGCGGCGUCGCGCUCGUCCUCGACCAGAUUCCCAUUAUCAAGUGGCUGCCGGGCCUGCCCCUGACGCUUUUAGGACUACUCUUCCUCAUCCAGACGUGAGUGACGGCGUCCACCGUCGACGCGACCGCGAGAGUAUCGGAGCCCGGGCGCGCACGCAGGUUCCGCCUCGACUUUACCUUUGAUGAUGAGGCCUUCGAGCUCAAGUCGGGCGAGGAGGACAUCGGCGAGAACGUUGUUGUGGGGGGAGCGAACCGGUGGGCGUACAACACGUUCGUCAAUUACGAGACCUUCCCGAAGGGCUGGGACGUGCCCAUCUUGGUGUAUUUCAAGGAGACGCAGACGCCCGAGUCGCAGUGGGGCGUCGGGCCGGGCGAGAUGGCGAAUUCUGCCGAAGCGAUUGCGAACGGCGCUGUACGUGGACAAGUGCACUUCUUCCCGGCGAUCUGCAACGCGAAGCAGAUCACGGACGAGUUCGCGCGGCGGGGGUGCGGGAAGCUGUGAUGGCGUACUACCGGGAGCUGGCUAGCUACCUUCACAGAAGCAAAUCGGAUUAAGAGCAAUAACUAGUGUGGGG